CACCAUAUCAAAGUAAUACAAUGACUAGAUCAGUCGUACUGUUGUGUGUCACAGCAUCGCUGUUCUCUGGUGUGCUGUGCUCAUCGGAUUAUCACUCCUAUCACGAAGCAUUAACUGACGAUAAUAAGCGGUGUGUAGGGGAGUGUCAACAGGGACAGUGUGUCUCCUAUUGCGCCAUAAAUUGUGUUCAAGGGGAGGUAAGGACUAAACCAUGCCACCCGACGAGUAACAAAACGAAGGUCUACACGUCCUUAGACAAUCACGCAUGCCGAAGCAACUGCGACAAGUUCGGAAUUGGGUUUGAAUGGUGCAUUACUGAUGAAGAUCAAGUUAAAUGGGAAUUCUGCAGUCGUGCUGUAGCUCUCAAAGGCCGUCUCAGAUACACCACGCGUGAUGACUUCUUGACAUGCUCUGAUGAGUGUGGAAAGCACGGCUUUGAAACAUACGAUGAUUGGUGUCACACAAUCAGUGUCUGGAAGUAUUGUAACGAUCGAGAAAAGAACGAGAAAGUCUUCGUACCGGAAUAUCCAACCCAAAGUGGAAAUACGUGUGUAACCCCGUGCAUGUUCUACCUAAGUAAGACCGCGACCUUCUGUUAUGACAACAAAGGCUUGUGGACGCGAUGCUACUUCAAUCCACACUAUGAGCCUGUACUGCACUCACUCACAAGCCAGUUACGAAGUGCUUGUAUCAAUAAGUUUGGCACCUACACUAGCAAUGGAUAUGAAAUGUGUUCUGGUCACCUGUCAAGAGCCAAACGCGAGGUUUCUUGCGAUUUGGAUGUGAGUACUAUUGCGGAACGACACAGAGCUGACAAUCCAUCGGACAUAGUGCGUGUUAUAGACCCACAUGAACCUAUAACUCGAGAUACCAACCCCAUCUUAUCGUACACCAUGAUGCCAAGGCGAGUGUCGUUUGGGGAUCGCAACAACGUGGCAAAUGUUGACCUGCCACUAGUAUUAGAGGCGCGACUAACACAAUACACCCUGUUACCUGAAGGCUCGAAGAGAGAAGAAUUUCAUAGCUACCUCAACAAUCACUACCUUCACAUGAGCCCCGAUCGAAGAUUGCGCAAUGUCAACAAUAUCAACAAUAACUAUGAUGAGGUAGGUUACCUACUGGGGUCUGUAUUGGGUGGACCCACGGAGAUCUACAACAUAUUCCCACUAACUUGGCGUUUGAAUAAAGGUGAUGAUUCGGCAUGGCACCAAAAGGAGCAACAUAUGGCAGACUUUCUGCGGAACCAUAAUGACAGGUACAUCGAAUUCCUGGCAGUACUCGGCUAUCAGCAAGACAAUAACAGCCGUCUGAUAACUCGCCCUGAUUACAUCGGAAUCCGUCUGAGGUUUUAUGAGAACAAUAUUUUGGUGGACCGUCACGGUAACCAAGUCAACUCAUUUGAGGACAAUGAAACUGAAAACAUGUUCUUUUCUAAUGAUCCAGAUGAAGAUUGUCAUAUAUGGUAGCCAAUGGGGUGCAUUUAAAUAUUGGUGUAACAGCAAUUUAUGCCAAAAUAAAGUGUUUGUGUGACUCUUA